GCGGCUUGUCGUGCAAUACGUGUGUGUUGUUUGUGUGUGUGAAGAAUGAGUGUGUGUUAAUGUGCGAGUGAGUGUGUUGACUCGUCCACGCACGGCGCAGGAUCUCUCUCCCUCCCUCCAGUGCUUCCGCGGAAGAACGCUUCUCUGCUGUCCGCUAAAGAUGGAGUUAUCCGCGGCAGGGGACCGUGUGUUUGCCGCUGAGGCCAUCCUGAAGCGUCGCAUCCGCAAGGGGCGAAUGGAGUACCUGGUGAAAUGGAAAGGAUGGGCAAUAAAGUACAGCACAUGGGAACCCGAAGAAAAUAUACUAGACGAACGGCUCGUUGCAGCGUUUGAACAAAAAGAACGAGAACAAGAGAUGUUUGGACCAAAGAAGAGAGGCCCUAAACCUAAAACAUUGCUUUUGAAGUCGAGAGCACAAGCUGUGGAGGCCGUCCCACGAAUCCCGGAGUUUAAGCACAGUCGUCCUCAACAACAUUCCAAAAUUCCUCCCCCCUCCAUCACACCAACAUACACUCCCAGUGUCCCAUCCAACGCUAAGCUUCAGUCAGGUGCCGCUCAACCCAAACUGAAGAAAGACAUUCACCGCUGUCAUCGUAUGGCUCGCCGACCCCUACCCCGCCAGGACCCAUCCGCGCAAGCAGUCGGCUCCUCCGGUCUUUUCUCCUCUCGUCCGACAGUCAGUCCGUUCUCGGAAACGGUCCGUAUUCUGAACCGGAAAGUCAAACCCAGAGAGGUGAAGAAGGGCCGGGUCAUUUUAAAUCUUAAAGUACUUGACAAGGCUGGAAAUAGUGGAGUUGCCAACAGUAAAAGGGCACAUAUGCUAAGCUCUGUCCACCAAUCGCAUUUCGGGCGUCAGAAAAUUCCAUCUCGGAAUAGGGUGAUUGGGAAAAACAGGCGCUUUGGUGAAGUGACCUAUCAGAGUAUCCGACCCCCUAUUAGGAAUUCUGGGUUUCCUGUUUUCGGAAAACUGUUCGGUUCUGACUCACUUAAGGUGGACAGCCAGUCUCAACGGAUAGAAAGCCGCAACGGUGCGCCAAACAAUGGUCUGUCUUCAUCAUCUUCCUCUUCCCAAAGUUCAAAGGUCCAGAUCUCAGACUUUUCCAAAAGUCAGACUCUUAAUGAUGAACUGCCACCUUCCGUCUCAAGCUCAGAUGUUUCAGAUGGUGAACCACCCUCACCACCACAAAACCAAUCCCAACGUUCCUCAUUGACGGCCAAGCCUUCCACGACGAUUCCCCAAGACCCAGCGGUUCACAAACUAGCCUCUCAACCCACUUCGGGCGCAUCUGCUCUUCCAGCUUCUCCGAUGUUCUCCUCUUCAUCCUCCGCUUCGUCAUCUUCAGAAGACAACGAGCACAUCCUGGACCUUUCGGUGCCUCACGAAAUGGACAGGCGACUGCGGAGACGCCAUCCCUUUUCUAGUCGCCGAUCGCUUAAGGUCCCUGAGGUGCCCGUGUCGGAAGAGCCAUCAGAGGAGGAAGACGUGGACUGGCAUCCUGACAUGACAUCUCGAUGUGCCAACGUGGUCGUCACGGACAUUACGGCUAAUCUUCUCACCGUCACGAUCAAAGAGUUCUGUCAUCCACCUUCCGCUACUUCUCCACCCUGCUACCCUAAAAAUACAUCAAGCAACACACAGCCAAAGCACCAACCUAACAAAACACUUGAUGGCCUUGAAUUGUGUAUUUAUUUUCCUCAAGGUCUAAAUCUUACCGUUUUCUUUGGUUUCUUAUUUUUUCUGAUUUUUUCCACCGCCACCCUGAAGUUCAUUGUUGUCAUCUUGGCCGCCGGGAUGGUGGCGUUUAUCGGAGCGGUUAUCUGCAUCAUCGCCGCGGUCCACAGCGGAUCUCCACCGGCUUCAGCGGCGGCAGCGCAGCCGCUUGCCGACAACCAGUCAAUGUCUCGGGAAGGAAACGUGAAGAUGUUUCCCGCAGGCUCCGUAGCCCGGGCGGGACCGCUGGACGCUCUCCAUGGUGCUGAUGCGACCAGCCGGGAGACUGGGGGACCCGAGGCGCCCACUUUCUACGGCUUAACCGGGAUAGCGACCGGAGGGAGCGAACAGCAGCUCACCUACAGCAGACUCAUCUGCACCCCUGUCCCCGCCGGCGAGUGCAACCCCAAAAACUUUCAGCAACAAGCGGACGACCCGUCGUUAUUUGCGGGAGAGGACUGGGGUUAUCUCCGCACCACAGCCAGUGAGCUCCGGCAGACGGUUCUUCAGCAGAAAGACGAGAUCUUGGCGGAUCAGAAGACCAUACGGGAGCUAACGGGAAAGCUUUCGGAAUGCGAGAGCGGCUUGAAGGGACGAAAGGUCCCGGGACGUCGGGAUACCCCAAAAGAGCAGAAGGACCAACUCAUGAUGCAGGAUGAUGCGGGGCAGUCAAUGCGCACGGAUCAUGCGGUGGAGGAGCUGGCGCAUGCCAUAACUCAAAUGACAGACCGCAUUGAAAAACUAGAGUCUGAAAUGACACCACCAGCGUUCAAUCACACAGACAGAAGCUCACAGAAAACAUCAGGUGCCGCCCUCAAGCCUUCGCGUGGCCGAGUGGCCACCACACACAGACGAAUGGAAGAUCUGGAGGGUGAGCUGAAGAGAAAGAUCAAACUGCUGGAGGAAGAGAGGAAGGUUCUGCGCAAAGAGACACAGAAACACCGGGAGCAUAUUGACUACGGACUUGAAACUGUAGAGCAGCGUAUAAGCGGCCUGGAAAAGGGCCUGUCGGAUAACGCGUUUCCGGAAGGCUACCGUCUCUCAUUCCCAGUACGGGGCAGCUCUAUGUAUGCUGUGUUUAAACAGAACAUUCCCACCCUACACGCUUUGACUGUCUGCAUGUGGCUCAAACCUGCCAAGAGCAUUAUGGGAACAGCGGUUUCUUAUGCUGUUUCUGAUCAGAGCCACGAGUUUGUGCUUCAGCAGCUGGUUCACGGCCCCAUCGAACUCAUCAUUAAUAAUGAGGUGGCACUGUUGCCUCUUAACCUAACUGUGGGCAGAUGGCAGCAUAUGUGCGUGAGCUGGAACCGGAGGGCCGGAGUGUGGCAUGCCUACUUAGAUGGCAAGCUAAAGGGCGAAGGGGGUGAUCUGGCAACACGCCACAUCAUCCGACCAGGAGGAACUCUCAUACUUGGCCAAGAACAAGGCUCCAUGGGUGGUCUUCGCUUCGAGGCAUCCCGAGCUCUGGUGGGGGAACUGUCUCAGUUUAAUGUGUGGGAUCACCCACUUUUACACACAGAGCUCUCUGCUCUCGCCCACUGCAGCAUGGGAAUGCUGGGUAAUGUGGUUUCCUGGACAAGCAGGGAUGUGGAGGUUUUCGGGGGGGUCACCAAGCAACCGGCCGAUCAUUGUGACCACAGCACGAGCGUGAGGCAGUGACCGGAUCCUGAGAAAUCAUAUUACGGUCUGAGAGAAAAGGACGGGGGUUAGAAAUGUACAGAUCUGUAAUAGAGGACAAACCCAUGCCGACAUCAAACAUGUACGUAGGCUUCAAAAAGUAAAAGUUUUUUUGUAUUAUAACUGGUGCUUGCUAAUGCAGGUAUCAGUAUUACUAUUGCGCGUACCUUAAACAUUCAAUUUUGGCUAAAAAUUUAUCCCACACCAAUUUUGCUAUAGACUAAGCUAAGUUCAUGAUGAAAGAAAUAUAUUUUUUCACAAUUCAAAGCAAACAUUUUUAUAUUUGUUCAGAUCUGUUUUUCUUUUUACAGUGUCUUUGUUUACUAUUUGCUUUGAAGGAAACACACGUAAACAGACAUCAGUUGCCAUUUUUAUAUCAUGUUUUCUUUGUGUGUUUGAUCCUUUAUUCCAGGGCUUUUUUAAUCAUUUUGAUUCACGGUUUCUAUGGUGAUUACUCUAGUAGACUGAUUCCUAUUGAUCAACUCAUUUCUCCAUCUAAAAACCUUUACCAUCACAUUGAAUUAGAAUGAACAAAAACGAAAAGGAGCAUAAAACAGUAUAGGAACAGUUGAAGACGUUUGGUCAGAUUAAUGCUUCAGCAAUAUUAAUAACAACAUAAACCUUGAAAGCCAUGUUUUUUUACAAUGUGCUUCAGUAUUGCUGUUAAACCUAAUCUGCCAAUAUUUACAGACUUUCUCAUGCUGAAAAUGGAGCAUAUAUAUAGAUUUAUACUCAGAUCUACUCUGCAAAAUUAUAUUUGUAUAAUAAGCUACAUAUAAUGAAUGUUUAAUAUUCCCACCUACAUACUGUAUCACUAUCUACCCUGCUAAAUGUGACUGCUUAAGAGUUAAUGUGAAUUUUACAAUAUGUGGAUUAUAAUUAAUGUAUUGUGUAUAUAUGUAAUAAGCAUCAGGCUGGAAAUAGCCUGUUUUGGUGGCCUUGCCGUGUAAAGAAUACUGUCCCGAUUUUUUUAAAGCAUUAUUUAGUGCUUGGUGGGGUAGAAAUGGAGUAAUGGCACAAGAAGAGCAUAACCCCACAUGCUGACUGUUUAAAAUAUCUGUGUUUUUUCAUUGCUGUCGUAAGUGCAAUGCCUGUUUGUUUGCUUUUCAGUGAACAUUUUGUGAUGUUUAAUUCUUUUUAAUGUACACAAGCAUUAUUUGGAUUCUAUUCAGAAAAGAUUGUUUACAAAGAAAUGUUAUUUGCAAGAAAUAUGUUUUUGAAUGUAGAUAUGUCUUGGCAGUUGAAAGACGUUUGAUGUAAGAUUAUUAGGUUUGCCUGGUCAUGGUUUUUUUCUCAUUUAAACUUUCAAUCUUUCUUCUCUUUUUUGCAUUCUGUCUAUGUGUUUAUCUGUAUUGAAUUAAAGACCAAAUGUAUAAACAUCUAAAUUGACCAUUAAAAUAUAAAGCACAAUUAAUCGUU